GACGAGGUGGGUCAGUUCUCCUACGACAGCCUGUCUCAGGUCCACUGGGUGUCCUUCCUGGACGGACGUCAGAGGGUGGUGCUGUUCACCGAAGACGUCGCUGUGGUGACGAAGGCUCGACAGGCCGAGGACCUUGAACAAUUUCAACAGGAAGUGAAAGUGUCGCUACAGAACCUGGGACUGUCUCUCAUCAACAACACCAGUCAACAGGAGAUCGCUUACAUCGGCAUCACCAGCUCAGGCGUUGUUUGGGAGCAGAAGCCGAAGAAUCGCUGGAAACCGUUUAGUCAGAAAAUCAUCAACCUCCUGGAGAAAACGUACCAGAGUCAGCUGAGCAAGAAGACAGAGGGGGGCUGGGUCAAACUGGAGGGCAACCUGGAGGUGAACCUCAGCGGAACCAUCAUGAUGAUGCGUCAGCCAAUUUCCUGUCCGGUGAGGAGGAACUUCCUGUCUGGGAUACAGGUGGAGUUCAAACAGUCGCUGCAUCAACGCAGCCUGAGAGCUCAGCUGCACUGGUUACAGGUAGAUAAUCAGCUUCCUGGUGCGAUCUUCCCGAUCGUCUUUCAUCCAGUUCCUCCUCCGAAGUCCAUCGCUCUUGACUCAGAACCGAAGCCGUUCAUCGACGUGUCCAUCAUCACCCGGUUCAACCAGCACAGCAACGUCAUGCAGUUCAAGUACUUCAUGGCUCUGGUUCAGGAAAUGGCAGUGAAGCUGGAUCAGGGUUUCCUGGGAGCCAUCUUGGCUCUAUUUGCUCCAGCUGCUGACCCCCAGGCCAACAGACAGAAGUCGCGGCUGAUCGACAGAGAUGUGCAGCUGCUGCAGGCCGAGCUGAUGGAGGCAUCGCUCUCCGACACGUCAGGACUGAGCUUCUUCGAACAUUUCCACAUCUCACCCAUCAAGCUUCAUCUCAGUCUGUCUCUGGGCUCCAGCGGUGACGAUGUUUCUCAGGAACCAGCAGCGGUUCAGUCUCUUAACUUGUUGUUGAAAAGUCUCGGAGCUUCGCUGACGGACGUUGACGACCUCAUCUUCAAACUGGCGUUCUUCGAGGUGAAGUUUCAGUUCUACCGCAGAGAGAAGCUGAUGUGGGCUGUGGUCCGACACUACAGCGAACAGUUCCUGAGGCAGAUGUACGUUCUGGUUCUGGGUCUGGACGUCUUGGGAAAUCCGUUUGGACUGAUCCGAGGUCUGUCUGAGGGAGUGGAGGCCUUCUUCUACGAACCGUUCCAGGGAGCUGUUCAGGGUCCGGAGGAGUUCGCUGAAGGUUUCGUGAUCGGCGUUCGCAGCCUGUUGGGUCACACCGUCG